CAGUGGGCGGGGAAAUGCUCUUUCAUCACGUGGCCUUACAGUGUAAAUGCCCAGGGAAGUGCGUAGUGAUACACUAUAACAAUCACAAUGCUGCACAUACCGAACUCACACACACACAGCCCUACCACCCUGUGCAUGGAUCUCCUUGCGCCAAACAAAAGGUCCUAGACCCUUUGAGGAGCUCCGAGAACACAGAACGUCGCAGAACGAUAACUCUCACCCUAUGACCGCUUCCGUUUUCAUCUUUCAAAAGCCACGACUACAAAACCAAUACUCAUUCGAUAUACAUUUUUAAUUGGCACUGUUAGCGGUGGCCUUUCUCUCAAAGUAGUCGGCUGACUGGUAAAGCUAAACACAUAUCGAUUCAACGACGAACAGAGAUUUUAGUAUUCGCAUUAUUGUAUGGCCAUUCUUAAAGACACCAUUUUGCAAUAAUGUUAACUACAUUGUGCACUCGCUAGGAAUAUCAUCGCAUCCCUGGAUUUCCCUGUUUGGAACGCUACAAACCCUUUAAGAGGCCUGGCAGAUUUGAGGACGUCACCGACCACGCCCCGUUUUCUUACGUCACCAGCGCAGACUCCAGACCUGAUGUGAGGGAAGGCAGGAACUCGGGCAGAGGCUGGCAGGCAGUGAGGGGAGGGGUUGGCCCCAUUGGGGUGUUGGUGAACUCUCUAGCCCCCCUCCCUCUCUAGAGUUACUUACCUUGCACCAGUGAACGUGGAGAUUCCUUACUUGCUCCGUCCAAUAACCCGUAGGAGUGGCAUAGGCGAAGCUCAUUGCUGCCUUGAAUAUUUCCAUGUGACUGAACUGGUCGGGUUCCUCCGGUUGCCAAGAACAUUAUGGAGAGCAAGAAGGGUCCCUUAUUCCCGUCAUAAAGAAGAGCCAGGGGAGUAUGUGGCAGAAGUGAAGGCAGAAAUGCAGUGGCAACAGGAGCAGAGUGCUUGGUGUCAUGCCCGUGCCUGGUCUGGUCAGUGUCCUACAAGGAAUAGCUGCAAUUCCUAGCGACUGCUGAGCGUGCAAAGAACAAAGGAGAGUGUCGAGCGCCCCUCACACCGGGGCUAUAGCUGCUCCCUGUCACACGUUUCCUCCCAGUAACUCCUUCAGUGUUCCCGUGUCUGUCCCGGAGACGCACUAUCUCUCUGCCUUCUGUUGUUUCCCAAUGUGAAGAGCGGCGGGAGCAUGUAGAGAGCCCCGGGCUUGUACAACAUGGAGGUGGGGCCCGUGCAGCAGCAGCAGCAACAACAUCCCCCAGAGCCUUUGCCAGCGGCCCCCCCAGGACUUGGCUCGGAGAUGCUGGGGGAGAUGCUGGGGGUGGCGGAGGAGGCUUAUAGGGCGGGUAAUUUUGAACUGGCAGCGGAGAUUUAUGGCUCUGAGCUGGAAGAGCAGCCCCAUAGAUUUCUGUGGCUGCGCAAAGGAGACGCAUUGGCACUAGCUGGCAGGGUGACAGAUGCCCUGGACUCUUACACAAGAGCGGCCAUGCUGAGCCAGCUUCAUCCCGACGAACUGAGGGUGCUAGUGGGGAGCAUUGCACGGCACAUACGAGAAAAAGAGCUUGGGCUCCCCUAUGCCCAAAGACAGGCUGGCACCGCUCCUCCGCAGCUCUCUGCCACCCCUCAUUCACCGCCGCCUACUGAAGCCACCCCCAUUGCUGAUAUCUUCUCGUGCCCCAUGUGCCGGCUCUUGCUGCUCGACCCUGUCACCCUCCUGUGUGGGCACACAUUGUGCAAGAGAUGCCUGAGUGCCAGCGAGCCGCUGCAGUGUAGCCAGUGUGGUGGCGACAAGCUGAAGGGCAAAGCGGAACGGCCCCUGGCACCUGUUAUGGAUUCCAAGGUGAAUGUGGUACUGGGCAGCCUGCUGGAGAAGUGGCUGAAGGAAGAGACUAAGGUGCGAAGGCUGUCUCUGGAAGGGCAACUUCUGAGGGAGAGCAGCGACCUGAUGGGAGCCAUGGAAAAGUACAGCGCUGCACUGGAGCUCGCUCCCUGUGACUCCUGGUUAGCAGCUGAAAGAGCAGAGCUGUAUUUAGCCAUAAAGAACUUUAAACAAGCCUUCAGUGAUGCUGACACUGUCUGCAAGAAGAAACCUCUCUCGCACAAGGGACAUUAUGUGAAGGCGCAGGCCCUUUCUGGGCUAGGAAGGACAGAGGAAGCUUUGAAGGAAUUUCUCUAUUGUGUUGCCUUAAACCCUGAGUGGAGUUCAAUGAAGAUUGAAGCUCAAAAGAUAAUAUGUGACAUGCUUCUUCCAGUAUUUGAAAAUGUCCAGGCCAGUCUGGGAACACCGUUUCGUGCCCUGACAUCCUAUACAAGGUUGAAACCGUCCAUAACUAAUAGCAACACUUGUACAGAAGACUUAUCCCUACCAGGAGGUUCCAAGGACUCAAGAUUUCAAAUAACCAAAUCCUUCCGGGAGUCUGACGUCUUUGUAAUAAAAGAUUCCCCAGAAGAGCCUGUUUCAUGUAUGUUACCUCAUAUCAAGGCAGAAGAGUCUAUAGGAAAUGUCCUUGCCUCUCUUCCUGGUGCAAGCUUGAAGAGGAAACUUACUAACUCCUCAGAAGUUUAUCCUAGUGCUACUGCCAAAGUUAUAAAAACAGAUGCUGAAUCCAAAUGUGAGCAGUCUACUACAAAGCCUGCAUUGUGUGAUAUCCCAUUGGCUCUUGUGGAUGCUUGUGAUUUUGAGUGCUCUCUCUGCAUGAGGUUGUUUUAUGAGCCCGUAGCCACGCCGUGUGGACACACAUUCUGCCUAAAAUGCCUUGAGCGAUGCCUGGACCAUAACCCACAUUGUCCUCUCUGUAAAGAAGAUCUAUCACAGUACCUAGCAUACAGAGUUUAUAAAAAGACGCUUUUGACAGAAGAACUAAUAACAAGAUACUUGCCAGAGGAGCUGAGUGAAAGAAAAAAAAUAUACGAUGAGGAAAUGAAGGAGUUAUCAAACCUGCAUAAAGAUGUUCCUAUAUUUGUAUGCACCAUGGCUUUUCCUACUAUUCCCUGUCCCCUUCAUGUGUUUGAGCCUCGGUAUCGACUGAUGAUUAGAAGAUGUAUGGAGACAGGUACUAAACAGUUUGGCAUGUGCGUAGCUGAUGAUUUAAAGAGUUUUGCAGAUUAUGGCUGUAUGUUGCAAGUGAGGGAUGUGAAGUUUUUUCCUGAUGGACGCUCGGUAGUGGACACGAUUGGUUUAAACCGCUUCAAAGUUUUAAGCCAUGGACAAAGGGAUGGCUACAACACUGCAAACAUAGAAUAUCUGGAGGACACAAAGGUGGAGGGACAGGAAUAUGAAGAACUCCUUGUGCUGCAUAAUUCAGUUUAUGACCAAGCCUUGGGCUGGUUUACUUCCUUGAAGGACAAUAUGAAAUCACAAAUUCUCAGUCACUUUGGGCCAAUGCCAAGCAAAGAAUCUGAGCCACAGAAUGGUGUAAAUGGCCCAGCUUGGUGUUGGUGGAUGUUGGCUGUGUUACCACUGGAAAGCAAGGCACAACUUACAAUACUGGCAAUGACAUUCCUCAAAGAUCGUCUGCAGGCAAUCAAGCGCAUUUUAAUAUUUGUAACACGCAAGAGACCCAGAUGACAGAGGUUUUCUGUUUGUGUUAAUUCUUGUAUACAUUUCUUUCAUUUUUUAAAGAAAAGACUACAUCCUCUGCACUAAAAAAACACUUUUAAACAUUUUUUAAAGUUGAUUUUGUUUGCAUAUAAAUGCCAUGCAGUAUCAAUGAAUGAUCAACAUUUCUACCUGUUUUCUCUUAUGCCUUGCCUCCAGGCGCUCUCCAGAAGCUUGAUUAACAACAGAUUAAUCAGAUGAUCUGCUGGUAACCAUGCCCCUGUAGUGCCUUAUUACAUGCAACAGGAAACAUACAUCUCAGUUGAUUGUUUACUCCAGUGUGUACAUGAACAAAGGCUCAACCAUUAAAUUAAAAUGCGAGCGGUCAAGUAGGUAGAAACAAAUAGCAACAAAACAUUAUUAAUUGUGAAAUGUAGGAAAUGUGGACAAUCAUUGUUUUCAAACUCUAAACUCAGGUAUUUAUAUUGAAUCAUGUAGUUGUUUUAUACAUCAUAUGAAAUACUGAUUGAAAUAUUCCGCAGUGCUGAUCUGCGCCAAGACUUGUCAAGAAGUGUCAUCACAUGAUCAAUAUCUAAUAGCUGCAAUGGGCUUAGCUUGGUUUAUGAUCUAUUGUGGGAAAAUGAUGGAGCCAGUUUUAAUUAAAUGCAUUUUAUCUAAAGCAUACCUGAGCCCGCCUAGUGAAAGGUUUUAUUAAUCACUGCUUCUUGUGAAACUCCAUAUAGCACUAAGACAGUUGCACCUUAUUUAAGGGGCACUUUAAUAAUUUCCCAUUUUUAUAUAUCCUUGUUUUAUGCAUGCCUAACUAUUAGUUCCACACUUUUCACAAUAUUAUAAAUUUUAAAUUGUGUUUUCUUUUUUUACUUUGCAUUCUUUAUCUCUGUUAGUAUACUGAAUAAGCCCCUCUAUAAAAGCUGUAUGGAGUAUGAUAUGUGGAAUUUAUUGAAAUACAAGGUUACUUGGCACAGUAAUGCUGUGUAAUAUUUGGCUGGCAAGUUUUACCUGAAAAUUUGAACCAGUGUAUGCUUGUAUGAUAAUCGCAAACAGAGGGAUGCAGUCACUGUCAUCUAUUCCUGACAAAGUGGCAUAUUUACUAAAGGGUGAAAAACCAAAAAUUUAAAUUUGCCACGAUAUCGGCAAUUUACUAAAAGACAAGUACUAUAAGUUUUGCCAAAUUUACUUCAUGUUGGUGAGGCAAACUUUGGUGAAUUUAGACAUGGAGAUAUAAGUUAUUGCAUAUUAAGUACUGCCUUUCAAUUUUGAAGAAAAGCUUCAUGGCGACGUGGGGUAGUCACUCUAAAACAAAGGUGGAUGGUAAGCCUAGAAACAGGGCCCCCCCGUAAGGGUCUUAAUUACACCACUAGUGAAUGAAGAAGUGUAUUUAUCAGUGGGUGAAAGCUAUAGUUCACCAUUUGAUAAAUACUCUUCAAAAAGUCCCAUAGGGAUGAAAUGAAAGUAGAUGAGUUUUUCUGUGUUAACCUCUAAUCUCACAUUUUGUUAAACAUAUUGUUGUCGGGUAUCAGUACUGAAUUUUGUGGCAAUUCCUAAUCAUGGUAUGCGUGGCACCCCCUCUCUCUCCUACUCUUGUAGUUGGGCCUUUGUGUAAAAAUAAAACAAAAACCUUUGCUUUAUAGUUUUGGAUCUCUUCUAAAAGAAGCAAAUUAUGGUGUCAACUGAUAUAUUGAUAUUCAUUUCAACUAUUCAAUUAACUUUUUUAGAACUCUUUCCAUACCAGCAUUUUACCACACUCUGUGCCUCCAGUGAUGAUCUAUCCGUCAUAGCCAUAAUUUCCUAAAGAGGAUUUCUUAUUCAUGAAUCAUUGUAUUCAUUAUCCCUGGAUUUACUUCCAUACCUAUUCCAUUUCCCUUUUUCCAUGCCCCUGCAUUAAUUGUCCCUGGAUUUAUAACACGGUUCCAAGAGAAUCCUUUUGUAUACUGGUAAAACUUAAGUCACCUGUUGAUAUGUUGUUCUGUGUACAUGUGCCAUGUGUGCAAUCCUGUUUUGGAUUACAAUAUAUGGACAGAAGAAAGUAAAGUCUGCAGAAUCUUUAAUUUCCCUGUGGAUUUUGCCUGAUGGAAACAUUCAAAGACAAAGGACUGACUUUUACAGUAUUGGUCAUCACAUGAAUUUCUAUAUGAACAUUUUUUUUAUUCUUAAAAUAAUGUUUGAAUGUACAUUUCUGUUGGAUAAUCGAUAAUGAAUUAUGCGGCUUUACUUGCAAAACGAUAGUGAACGUCAUGGAGUCUCAAAAUGUACGUUAGAGUGUGUUUUUCAGGCUUCACUUUGGGGAAAAAAAAGGAAGAAAAUAGAGGGAUGAAAUCUGAACUUGUCUAUAAGCCAGUAUGUAGGGCAGUCAAGAGAAAGCAGAACGAAGAAAACACAAUGCUUGUAGGGGAACAUAGAAGAAAAAUACCAAUUCAUUAUAAACAUGGGAAGAUCAGAUGGCAGGUUUAAAGUGACAAUAUGGUUAUGGCUCUUAAGUGCUUAGGGAAUAGAAAGAUAGUAGAGUUGUAUACUCCCACAUGCUGCAUGUACAUUCUGCCAAGCUUACAUAGGUUUCCUAUGGGUACUCCAGUUUCCUUCCAUGCUCCAUAUACAGGCGGGUUCUUAUACAGGCAAUUGCUUCCGGAAGAAAUCUGAGACACCCUUCCAGGUUCCAUUGUGUCAAUGACUGAUGUGAAUAAUGUAUACUAUUUGUAAACCAAUGUUGAAUAUGUUGGCGGAAUAUAAAUAAAUAAUAACAAGAAACA